AUGCGCCCCCUCCAGGCUGAGGUACCGGGACCUCAGCCCAAGGAAUAUGGGCCCCCGGCAGCAUGUGUCUCAGAGCCUGCCUCCCCCGCCCACGAGAAUGGGCACCCCCAGGCAGCCAGGUCAAGGCUGCCCCCGCCCAGAAAAACCCAGGAGCACGACAAGGACACUAAACGGAUGACAAACAUUAUUGUGCACAGUAUGAUUGAUCAGUGGGUAGUAAUCAAACAUAGUGUUCGCAACAACUACAACGGACACUCCUCCAACGACUGGUCACCACCUAAGAAAUCAGCCAGGCAGGACCCCCGCCCCCUACAGACGCCCCCGCCUCCCCAAAGUCAACUAGAGCCCUCUGCCGUGAGACCAAAACCCAACACGGCCAAAGAAGACUUAAGGUGGAAGCUUCUACACAUAGUAACACCUAAACGGAGCUUGUUAGAAAAGGAACAAACAACAGGAGUAACAAUCAAAGAGAACAUCUCGCCCCAACCGCCACUGGGAGGGAAACAGCUUCAGCAGCAAGUGCAGGGGCUUACCGCCCAACCCGCUGCCCCCCCUCCUCCAGCAGCACCCACCAGGUCAUCUAACAACUAUGCCGAACGAGCAAAAUCCACACAAAUUGAUGGAAGACGGUUACAGCCAAGGUCAAGUCAAGAAAUCAGAGAAAAAGAGACAGAGAAAACCAAAGCCGUUUAA